AUGUUACCCCAUACUCUGUACGGAGUACGGAGUAGUGAGACAACACAUAUUCCUUUUUCAACCUUCAGAAACAUGGAUGAUUCGCCCCAGCGUUCAUUGAAAGCACGUCGCGCCCAUACCUUCGAGGAGAGUCAGCGACGGAACUCCACCCUCUCGGACUCGAUCUUAGAGGCCCGCAACUCGAUCCGCUCAUCGACUGACGACUUGUUUCUACCUCGCGUAGCAAAAGACCACGCCACACUUUCAACUGAAGAAUCGCAUUGGCAUUCUGCACCGCUCGGGCUGGCCCUGUUGCCUGCAAUUGCCGGCAUUUUCUUCCAUGAAGGUAGUUCCUUCGUCACCGACGUCACAUUACUAGUCUUGGCCGCUAUAUUUCUUAACUGGUCUGUCCGGUUGCCUUGGGACUGGUACCGCUCGGCCCAGGCCAUCGGACGAGAAGAAAGUGGAUUACCAGCGCCCGACAAUCCCCAAUUCGAGGACCAAGAACCCCAACACAAAGAAGCAGCAACAGCCAUCUCCGAGCUCCAAAUUCACGAACUCGCCGCUCUAGCCGCCUGCUUCAUAUUCCCAGUCAUCGGCACCUGUCUCCUCCACGGCAUCCGCUCCAGCCUCUCCCGACCCUCAGAGGGCCUAGUAUCAAACUACAACCUAACAAUUUUCCUCCUAGCCUCCGAAGUCCGCCCAGUCGCCCACCUCCUAAGACUAAUCCAAAAACGCACCCUACACCUCCAGCGCAUUGUAUCAUCCUCAACAGACCCAAUAAUCACCCCAACAACCCUGCAAGACCUAACAAAGCGCCUCGAAGAGCUCGAAACCCACGUCGCAGAGACAGCAACCGCCCGUCUCGCCACCAAACAAACAGAUAAAGACCCCCCCCUCUCCCCAAAAGAACAAGAACAACAGACAUCCCAAUCCCUGGUCGCCGGCGCAGUUCUCGAAACUCGCAAAGCUAUCCAGCCUGAUAUCGAAGCCCUGAACCGCGCCGUCCGGCGCUACGAGAAACGCUCCGCCCUCUUCUCUCUACAGACUGAUCAGCGCUUUGUGCGCCUUGAGACCCAGUCCGGCGACGCGAUCGCGCUGGCUGCGGCUGCGAAGCGGUCGGCUGAGUCCCGUUGCCCGAAUUAUGCGCUCGUCCUGCUGGACUGGGCUUGCGCGUGCAUAGUUGUCCCUGCUCAGAUUGUGCUCUCGGUUGGUAGUUUGCCUGGGCAUGCGGUCUCGGUGACUUGGGAUGCUGCGAGGCGUAUGCUGAUGGGGCGGAAGGUUGGGCCGCAGCAGAGGUCGAAGUCUAAGUCUGGGUUGAAGGGGAAGGCUGGCGCUGGCGCUGGAGCUGGAGCUGCGGGGGCUGGGCCGUCGGGUGGGUAUCGGCAGGGUGGUGGGCUGGUAUCUCAGCGGCGGUCUGGCUGA